CUUGGACUUCCUACAUCUACCUAAGCUUUUAUGGUUAUUUUUCGUGAACUUCUGAAUAAAUUAGAUUUGAAGUGAAGUUAUUCACCUACUCACACAGCCUAUUCACUGAAAAAAUGUGGACUCUGAUAUUUAGGGAAGAUGAAAGUCUAUAUGAUGCCGUCCCAAACAAUUGGAUAGACAUCAAUAAUCCAACAAACUGCUUCUAUCCUGAUAGGAUGAAAUCAACAACCAUAAAAAUGGCAAGGGAAUGUGCUACAAUCGAAGAAGAUUGGGAAGUUGCCAACAUAGAAAUAAUCAAACGAGACUAUGAUUCAUUUGAUCGAUGCAUGAAAGAUGCAAUCCGGAAAAGUAAAGGGAGAAGGACAGUCACCGAAAGUGAAGGAGAGCCAAGGGGAAAAGGAAAAAGACGGCAACGUGAGGAGACCAGUAGCAGUGAAGAGGAUAUUGAAUUCGCCAAAAAAAUGAAACGGUCGACUCUCCCUCCACUACCUGCACCACCAAGCAUACCUGCACCGUCAAGCAGCAAUCCUCCAGAAAGAUGCUCAACUCCUUCUUCGCAAAAUCCGAGCACACCAAAGAAAAAAUGUAGAAUAGCGAAAAAGCACGUAUGUGCUUUUUCGAUGCCUGGGGGAGCCACUUUGGAAAAUUUGUGCCACGUCUUGUGUGUCAUACAGAGAGGACAAACAGUAAUGAAAAUUGCAAUGCAAGACAUGCAUUUGGAUCUCAUCAGCCGAAUGGAGAAAAAAGACAAGCAGCCCAGAGAUGGAGAAAACAUCAAAGAUGUUGAGUCUGAUGAUGGGGAGGAGUCUCCGGCGGAGGAGGGAAAAGUGUACUCUUUUUCCUUCAAAUCUCUUGAAGAUUUUAUGAUUUUUGAUAAAUCACUCAAACCCAAUGAGGAGAAAAAGAGUGCUGUAUCUGCUAUGUUGAAAGUGGGCUGCCAUACAAGCUGUGGCAGAUCAGCCACAACUACUCUCCGAGGAAUUCUUGGGGACUCUGUGAUAGAGUGUUUCACGUGGAAAGGGCAGCAGCGGUUUGGUGUCCAAAAAAACGCAUUUUACACGACAACAACAAGCAAAAUUCUCAUAAGUGCGCUUUCCAAGAAAUGGAAGGUGAAACCAGAGACAAUUGAGAAAAGUUUCAAGAGCUUUUUAGCUCAAAUGCAGACGAAAAAACGUUCACAGCUUCGCACACUGGAUGAGGAGGAUGACAUUUCAAGGGUCCAGGUUCCACAAGAAUGAAACUUAGAUGAAUACAUUUCAUCAAUCAAUCAAUCAUCAAUCAAUCAUUUUAUGCAGUAAAAAGCAUUAACAAAAUUGGUCCCGCUAAACCUAAAAGAUUUUACAGCAGGUGCCUACAAAUAAUAAAAUGAAUGCUAACUUUAUCAAUAAACUAAGAAAACAAAUUUCAUGUAACUGGGAGUUUAGGAAUUUGAAAGGAGUAUGGGGUAUUAGAUGAACUAAGGAUGAUUAUAAUCAAGUUCCUAUCAUGUAACCAUCGAAGAAUAUUAUUAUAGUCAUCUUGAAUCAAUUUUUCGGCUAUUUUGAAAUUUUUAUGGGCUACUAUCAAAGCAGUGUCGUCUGCAUACAUGAAGAGCUCUCCAUUUUUUAUCACAGAUGGCAAUCCAUUAACGUAAAUGUUAUAUAAAUUAGGCGCUAGUAUACUCCCCUGUGGUACUCCUACAUCACAUCCAUAAGAUUGACUGGUGUAUUUAUCUAAUUUUACAAGAAAAGAGAGGUUAUGUAAAUAAUUCUUGAACCAAUCAUAAUUGUAACCAGAAAUACCAAUCUUAUUCAAUUCAUUCAAAAGAAACUGGUGAUCGAGGGUAUCAAAAGCCUUUGAAUAGUCAAUGAAUAUAGCCAGUACAUGCAGUCUAUUAUUAAGAUGACAGUUAAUUACAUUUGUAAAUUCGACAAGAAGCUGCUCAGUGCCUUUUCCUUUUUGAAAACCAUAUUGAGAAUUAGUAAUUAUUUAAUUGGUUCAAAGAUGCAGAUACAUAUUUUUCAAAUAUUUUUUCAAAGAUUGGAGUUUAGCAAUAGGCCUGUAAUUUGCUAGACAGCUGCGAGGUCCACAUUUGUGUAUUGGUUUGACUGUGGCUUUCUUUAAUGGCUCUUGGAAAAUGCCCUUUCUUAUACUCAAAUUAAUCAGAUUGGAAGUUGAAUUACAUAUUUUUUCUUUUAUCAUCUGCAUAUCGAGAACUCUUAUAUUAUCAAUACCUGGAGAUUUGUUUUUAUUCAAGUUAUUGAUUAUUUUCAAAACAUCAUCUGAGUUUGCUUUUUUAAUAUAAAGACUUUGAUUUGUAGGUGUAUGUAUAUUUUGCAUUAGUAUAUGCGGGCAUUUGUGUACUAUAUUGUUGACGUUCCUCCUGAAUGAUUCCGCAAAUUCAUCACAGAUAUUUUCCUUAGGAAACAAGCCAUCAAACUCACGUAAGAUAGAGUGGUCAGAGUCAUCUCUUGCCCUUCGCCCCAGAAUCCCAUUUAUGCAUUUCCAUUUCAGUUUGAUGUCGUUCUUUGCAUUUUGAAAGUUCAUUAUGAUGAAAUCUCUUUUUCUAUUUUUUAUUAAUUUAUUCACUCUAUUUCUGAACGCACA